GAGACUGCGUCCGUGUGUCCGGCUAGACGUUCCCCUGGGGCGCUGGGGCUCCACUGCUCCAGAGAGGGGAGAAGGGCGGCCGGUGUACCAGUACAUGGGGGAGCGUGCGCAGAGGAAGGAACGUGUCUUUGUCUGGGGGUUCAGCUACACAGGAGCCCUGGGCAUCCCCAGCUUUGUGGUGCCUGACAGUGGCAGAAAGAAACCCAAUUAAUACCAGCUCACCCCUUACAGACUGGAAAUGCACCAGAAGAUCUCCUGGGCUGCCUGUGGUUAUGGGUUCACCUUGCUGUCCUCCAGGACGCGUGACCUGACCAAGGUGUGGGGGAUGGGACUGAACAAGGACUCCCAGCUGGGCUUCCAGCGCAGCCGCAGAGAACACACAAAGGGCUAUGAGUAUGUGCUGGAGCCUUCCCCAGUCCCCCUGCCUCUGGACAGACCUCAGGAGACCAGUGUGCUGCAGGUGGCGUGCGGUCGGGCCCACUCCCUCAUUCUUACUGACAACGAGGGAGUAUUCAGUCUGGGAAACAACUCGUAUGGACAGUGCGGAAGGAAAGUGAUAGAAGACGAGGUGUACAGCGGCAGUCACGUGAUACACCGGAUUGAAGGAUUCGACAGCAAAGUGGUUCAGGUGGCGUGUGGACAGGAUCACAGCUUGUUCCUGACAGACACUGGCAAUGUGUACUCCUGUGGUUGGGGGGCUGAUGGGCAGACAGGUCUGGGGCACCACAGGGUCAGCAGCCAGCCUACCGUGCUCAGAGGGGAUCUGGUGGGGGUCCGGGUCAGGCAGGUGGUCUCAUAUGGGGACUGCAGUCUGGCCGUCUCCCAGGAGGGGGAGCUCUUCGGCUGGGGCAACUCCGAAUACCUCCAGCUCUCUGCUGUCACUGAUUCCACGCAAGUACUGAAGUGUCUCUCCACGGCUCCUCCCCUUGGCGGUGUGGGGAGGGUGCAGCAGGCUGCCUGCGGAGGGACUCAGGUUGCAGUGUUGAACGGUGAUGGGCAGGUGUUUGUGUGGGGCUAUGGAAUUCUGGGGAAGGGGCCCAACCUAUCAGAGUCCAGGACCCCUGAGAUGAUCCCACCAACUUUGCUGGGCUGCUCAGAUUUUAACCCCGACAUUGCCGUGGUGCAGAUCCGCUGUGGGCUAAACCUCUUUGCAGCCAUAACAGGUGAGACAGAUCUUAUAUCUUUGGGGGAGAAUAUCCGAGGAUGUCUAGGCAUUGACAAGACUGAUGAUCAGUAUUUCCCAUGGCGGGUGACAGUGCUGGGGAAGGUGGUGGAUGUGGCCUGUGGAGUGGAUCACAUGGUAGCUCUGGUCAAAUCCCUGGUCUGAGUGCCCAGUACAUGCUUGCGACUGACCCUGCUCCAGCAUGCACUGAGAGGGGAGACGAGCUUCAGCUUCCCCCAGCUCUAGCCCUGUUAAUGAUCACUGCUCUGACAGACAGCCAAGAAUUCAAUCCCA